UCAUGCAACUCAUUGACACCGGAGGAGUACCUUGUGUCCUUCCUCCACCGAAAUUGCCGUGCAGACGACAGUACACACACGACAUGCACCCAACACUUAUAUCAAACGGUGGAGUAGUGCUGCUGCAUGCAUCAGAUGGCAUGAACUUCCGCAUCAUUCAGAAAUCGUCUAUGUACUGUCGUGUGUAUAGCAGGGUUCUUCCUCCACACUAUCUUCGUCCAUAUUUAAUAGUCCCUUCCCAGGUUGAAUGGAAGGAAACUAAUAAAAGAUAAGUUUCCAUCAAAGCAAACAGGGCCCUUCCCUCGCCGUCGGAGCUUGCCCUCCUCCUGCAUAGGAAGGCGUGCCCGGCGCCUCCCUUUAGGCGGGCUCGGGGGCUUUCACCUGGAAAGCAUCCGACCUGACCGGUGUGCCGAGAGAGGUGUUCGGGCAUCACUUGGAAGUGUGCCUUGACGCGCGUCCCCUGAAGCAAGGAGCACAACGGCAGGCAGAGACACAAGAGUUCAUCGCUCUGGAGAUUUAUAAGCCGCAAGAAGCUCGGGCCAUCCGUGGCGAGCGUCGGCCUGCGCGUGGGUGAGACGAGUGCCGUUGAAAAUACGACGGUUGCGCUCCUUUCAGAUAGUGUAGAAGAAGCGGCCGUGACUUUUGACCGGGCCCAUGUGGCGGCCGGUAUUGGUUGAUUUGUACUAUUUCCGUUGGUCACUUAGGGGUUUUUGCCAUGUUUUUCACAAAAACAUGAAACCUAUUAUAUGAACCCUCUUUUUCGUCUGAGAUGAAAAGACAGUGCUAUUGUAGGUUCCUUGAGAAAAAAUAAUUAGGAGCUCGAAAACUGGUUAGACCGCUGGACAUGUUCUUCUAACCAAAUACGCAGGCCCAGUUCACUGGGGAAAAACAUUUUUUAUUUCGUACAAGGCAGAGGACGCCGCGGAAAAAAUAUUCCCCCGUUUCCCUCGCCGAGAAAUCCCUUCCUCGAGCACGCGCGAGCAAAUCCGUAGCAAAGCAUCACCGCAGUUUCGUAGGGUUUUUCUUUGUAUAUAAGAGCAAUGGUGGGCUAUAUUGUCAGGAUUCUAAGGGAUGCAGUUAAAGUGCCCUGAUGGCAGAAAUGAACAUUGAUCUGGGAGGAUUGGCAGGCAGGCCUACUACUUCACAGGCGGAUCCUUUUCAAAGUGCUUUGUAUGGAGCUGGACCUGGACUCAUCCGAAGUGGACUAGGAGCGUACAGUGAGAAGUUUUUAGGUUCAAGCUCUGACUUUAUGCAAAGCAAUAUCACUCAAUAUUUGUCCAAUCCACAAUAUUACUUUCAAGUGAACAAUCAGUAUGUGAGGAACAAGCUGAAGGUUGUCUUGUUUCCUUUUCUGCAUCGGGGACACUGGACUAGGAUAACUGAGCCAGUGGGAGGAAGGCUGUCGUACAAACCUCCAGUUCAAGACAUCAAUGCUCCAGAUCUGUACAUCCCUCUCAUGGCUUUUGCCACCUACAUUGUAGUUGCUGGAUAUGCCUUGGGUGUUCUUGGAAGGUUUACCCCGGUGGCACUGACUAUACAGUUCACAAAAGGGUUACUCGGUUGGUUUAUGCAAGUCAUCCUCAUUAAAGCUCUACUUUACUCACUUGGAAGUGGUGAAUCGCCGUUGCUUGACAUUGUGGCAUAUGCUGGCUAUGGGUUUGCCGGUACCUCACUUGCGAUGCUUGUCCGCAUCUUCUGGAGCUACUCAUACUAUUUUGUGCUGCCGUGGUUCUGUAUCUGCACUGGAGUGUUCCUGGUUAAGACGAUGAAGAGGGUUCUGCAGGGUGUAUCGAGGACUUAUGAGAGGCAUCCUAGCAGGAACCACUACUUUCUUCUAUUCCUCGUGGCUGCGCAGUUCCCCAUGCUUUUUUGGCUAGGCAACAUCAAGGGCUGAUGUUCCAGUCUUAUCUCAGAACAGGGAUAUUUUUUUCCUUUUUUUUUCUUCAAGGCGGAGGCUAAAACUCGAUCAGAAUAAAGUUUGAGGUUUUGUCUUACUGAUGAACUUUUGUAUAGCCUUGUCUAUAGUUCAGGCUCUUAUUGGAGUGGUAAAUUUCUUGAUAGAGGACCUAAAAAAUAUGCAGUCAAUGUUAUCUUAUUGGCCUGCAAAGGAUGUUGUUACUUUCCAUGAUUUAUGACUAGCUGAAGACAAAUGCAUACAUGAAUUUUGAACAUUGGAUUGUAACUUAUCCUAAAAGUACAUCUUCAAUUGUCACCGUUCA